AUGGCAUCAACUAAUGAAAGACGACCAUGUUCACAAUGUAACAAAGGUGCUGGAGUGGCGAUUUGUCAGGGCUGUCAACUAUCAUUCUGUAUCAAGCAUUUUGGUGAACAUCGUCAAGAACUUUCUCACCAGUUAGAAAUCAUAGGUUUAGAACAUGAUGAAUUUCGAAAAGAUCUCAAUCAAUACGAUACAGAAACAACUCUCUUGGAUCGAAUUAAUACUUGGGAACAAGAAUCCAUUGGAAAAAUUCAAACAGCAGCAGAAAUAGCUCGAGUUGAACUUCGAGAACUACUCAGAAAACAUCAAGAAGAAAUGAGCACAACUGUUCGUAGAAUGACUGAUGAGCUUCAAUCAUCUCGAGAAUCUUUCGAUUAUACAGAAACUGAUAUCGAGAAGUGGGCACGACAAUUGCAAGAUCUUCGAAAACUAUUAGAAUGUCCACCACCGAUUGGGAUUUGUGAAGACAAUGCAUCGCAGCCAACCGUGCGUUUGAUUCGAGUACAUGGACACCAGACACCUUCUCCAACAAGUUCUAUCAAACAGCCUCUUCGACGCUUAUAUAGCACGAUUGAUGCUCCUACUGUUGUCAGUGCUGCUGCUGCUGCUGCAAAUAUGACUGAAAAACUAGAUUAUUCUCUAUGUCAAGAAAGAUUCGAUGACAUCGACGGUAAACUAAAAACAUUGGAAGACGAUCAUGUGGUUAUGUGCUAUUGCAGAACAUUUCUAUUUCCCUCCAUUGUCUAUGGAAGCAAUCGAUAUUCGAAAGGCAAACAUCGUAUACGUCUACGAGUUGAACAAAUUCAUGAUUCGAUCUUUGUUGGAGUUACUAACGCGGUGGAGGAUAUCAAACGAGCGGAUCUUUUCGAUAGGUCUCUCUUUGGUUGGUGGGAUUUAGUUCGACCAGUUGCAGCCGGUCACGUACAAAAAAGUGAUGAUGACAAAGUCAUUCGACCAGGUGAUGACAUAACUUUAAUAGUAGAUUGCGAUAGUGAACAGAUUCAGUUACGACAUCAUCGUACCGAUCGAUUAGUUGAGCUUUUGGUCGAUGUUGUUAUGUGUCCAUUUCCUUGGAGGAUGGCCAUUAAAAUACGUUCAGAAGGAGAUUUAGUUCGAAUUCUUCCCUGA